AUGACAUCGUUACCGCCACUUGACCAUUCUGCUACACCUGCCGAUACUCUCGAACAAAUCCGACCACGUCUCUUGCAAUUGACGCAGUCACUUACAAAACUAGAACACCACCUGCAAAACCCAAAGGUAGAUCCUACAACGCUACAAAACCAGUACAACGUGGCACUACAGCAACUCUCCUCGGUGACAAAAACUAUAAACCAACACCAAUCCAUCUUAGAGACAACGGUGGUUUAUCCAAACAGAGAGUUUAAUACACUCUCCCCUCUAUUAUUUACAUUACUACGUAAAAAAUUAACCCCUGAAGUAGAAGCAUGGAUAGCCGAUGCACAGCGACAAUCAGACUCGCCUCCAAACACAGCCACAUCUACAGAAGCAAUUGCAGAGCCAUCUUUGCAUGCAUUUGAUAAUUUCGUUUCGGAUUUGAUAGACCAUGCAAACGAGAGUAUAGAUCAUUACCUCUUUGGCGGAUAUCUCACCAAGGAAGAAGUGGAAUCCGGCAUCAAUGUAAAGGACGUUUUGCCAGAGAGUAUCGAGGAUGUCAAACCAAUGGACGAAAAUAAAAUACUUGGCUUUAUCUACCAAGGUUUGGACUCCAAAACUGUGUAA